UCCACCCAUGAAUCAUUCACCCUGCGCCGUCCUCUGACGUCAUCUCAACGCGCAGCAGUCGCGCCGCAGUGACGCCAUCACCCCGCGCAGGCGCCGCCGCUGCCGUUCCGGGGCCCCGGAGCCCCCCAUGAGCCGCCGCCGCCGCUUCGGGGACACCGAGGGCGCCCUCGCGGCCAAGCGGCGCCGCCCGGAGCUGCCGGGGGAGCCCCCGCGCCCCGACGGCAGCCCCGCCGGGGUCGAGGCCGCUCUCGGGGCCGUGGCCGAGCUCUUUCCCCGCCGCCUGUUCGGGGACGCGCUGCCGCCGCUGGUGCUGCGCCAUCAGCUCUACAGCCUGGUCAGGGACCGGACAGCGGUGGAUCGGCACCUGAACCGGCUCCGUGACGAGGGCCGGGUGCGGCUGCUGCACCUGGGGCUGGGCCCGGACACGCUCGGGGUCGUGAGCCUGGAGCUCUACCGGGAGAAGGUGCUGGCAGCGGUGGCGGGGUCCCCCCGGGAGCCCCUGGUCCGGCGUUUCCUGGAGGCCGCGGUGGCCGCGAGCCCCGAGCUGGGCUACGAGCGGAGGGGGAUGGGAGAGAGGGGGUUCGGGGACACGGACAUCACGCACUUGGUGGCCGCGGGGCUCCUCACCGUCCGUGAUGCCGGCAGUUGGUGGCUGGCGGUGCCGGGGGCCGGGCGCUUCGUGCGGGCGCUGCUGAGGGGCCGCCGGGCCGUCCUGGCUCUCAUCAAACGCUCCCGGCACCGCCAGGUUCCCCUCAGGGAGCUCGAGGGGCUCCGAGCCCCCCCUGGGGCCACCCUGGGGGUCCCGUUCCUGCUGCACGACCUGCUGGGGGAGGGGCGGCUGCAGAGUGUCCCCACGGCCGCGGGUCCCCUGCUGCGAUUGGCUGAGCCUUGACCUCUGACCUCUGACCGGACCUUCCCGAGGAGUUUUCUUCCCAAGUUUUUCUUCCCAACUUUUUGCACUGGGGUGUGGCCACGUCUGACCACGCCCGUUUGGGGCGGGACUAAUGCGGGACUAAUGCAGAGCAAUUAAUAAUUAAUAAUUAUCUGCUUUAGCCCCGCCCCCUCGGCGUUCAGCCCCACCCCCCGCGGGCCGGGGGCACUGGGGGGGGUGGAGCCAAGUGCAAUUAAAAAUAAAGUUAAUAAAAGACAA